AUUGGAAAGAGAUAUCGCUCUAUCUAUUCUGCGGAUAGAACGGUGUCCCUGGUUUGUCCGGUUUACGCCAAGAAAACAGGGCUAGCAUUGUUGCCGACGCCAGACUGGAGGACAUGAAAGUGACUUGCAAUAUGUCAUGUCCUCACAGCAACAGAGGACUCUCCUACUGUAUGGACAAAAAAUCACUAGAGUCGACGUUCCGUUCCUUAUGCUGGUGGAUACUGGUUCCUCUGACCAGUGGGUUAUUUCAAAUACCUGCACAUCCGGAAGUUGUGUGACGGAUGUCUCGCUAUACCCUCAAACGAGCUUUUCAUCGACAGGUCUUGAAGCCCAGCUGUUUUAUGGCGAUUCACGGACAGGAACCUAUGCCUUUGGCCCUAUAGGACAAGAUACAGUCUCAUUGGCAGUAUUGCAUCUCGGAGGCCAAUAUUUUGCCUCAAUAAACAUUACAAAUACGAGUGUACUCGAUACAGGCGCAGCAUGUAUUUUCGGCCUUCGUUUCCCCUUCAACAGGCAUCUUCUUCUCCGUCCUAUGUUUCUUUCGUUCCUAACUGUUUCUAUACUGUUUCAUCUGGUCAGACGUGUUCUUCGACGAGCACACAUCGCCUUUCCAGCAUCGAGGCGUACUACCUGCUAGAAAUCGCCAACGAUGCCAAGGAAACUUUAGAACGCGCUCUCUUCCAGGCCUCAACGCCAUGCUUCCUGCGUUUUCUGCCCUCACGAGCCAUAUUGGGCCUCAGCGUCAGCAAUUGGAUCAUUCUAAUUCGUCCACUGCCAAUUAGACAUCUACCAUCACUGG